AUGGAUUAUGAAGUAGCAGAGCUAACAUGGGAAAACGGACAGGUAGUGAUGCAUGGCUUAGGUCCUCCACGCGUGCCUAAUAAGCCUUUAUCGACUCCUUCUCCAACAAAAUACACAUGGGAGAGUAAGCCACAUGCUGCUGCAGGUGGCACACUUGAAUCCAUAGUGAACCAAGCUACUACUGGCAUCCCUCAUCACCACAACUCCCCCGUGGACGGGGGUGGAGAUAGAGGAGAUGAUUUCGUGAGUUGGUUCGAUGAUUGUCUUCCUGAAACUCAGACUAUUACGGUCAUAGAUACUAUGGCCGUAGAUGCCUUAGUUCCAACAAGUUCCACUAACACCCCAAACUAUAAUCAACAAGUGGCCCCGUCCACGCACGUGUCCGGGAUGGGGAUGACCAGCAAGUGUUUAGUUGACUGCUCCACACGUGUUGCAUCAUGCAGUGGUGAUGCGGAGAUGGCACGUGUGGGAAUAGGAUCUAGCUUUGAGAAGAUAUCGAAAGACUUUGGGGUCACCGAGUCUUUCGGGAAUGAAGAAGUUAAGAACUUGAUCAAAUCAAUGGUAUACGAGGGACGACAUAACAAUAUGGCUGACCAGACCGUGAGCCGGGGAGACACUAUUGAAACGGGAGAGAGAAGUUUGGGUGCGGAAACAGUACUUACCACAAUAUCUACGGGGUCACCUGAGAACACCUUUAAGCAUAGUAAAAAUAAGACAGUGAAUAAUCAUCAUUUCAUCUCUCAUAGCAGAGCUCAAGAGUCAAAAGAUAAUGAGGAUGAGGAUGAGAUACAAGGAUCCAAAAUUUCUUCAUUUUCAACAAAAAGGAGCAGAGCUGCUGCUACUCACAACCAGUCUGAACGAAAAAGAAGAGACAAGAUAAACCAAAGGAUGAAGACAUUGCAGAAGUUAGUUCCAACAUCGAGUAAGACUGAUAAGGCAUCAAUGCUAGAUGAGGUGAUAGAAUAUUUGAAGCAACUACAAGCUCAAGUUAAAGCCAUGAGAAUGAUGAUUCAUGUUAACAUGCAUCCACCCGCUAUGAUGUUACCAAAUUUGGCAUUCCAACAACAACAACAACAGUUUCAAAUGUCAAUGAUGGGAAUGGCUAGACCCAUAGAUGUCAAUGCCCUUAGCAGCCCCAACAUAACAACAAUGCCUUCGAUUCUCCAUGCCACCGCACCCUCUAAUUUCAAUAUGCCUCCUAUUCCCUCCCCUGGAGCUGAUCCUUUAGCUUCCUUCAUCGCAUCAGGCCAAUUAUCACAGCCUAUGACGAUGAAUGCUUAUAGCAGGAUGGCAGCAUUGUACCAGCAAUAUCUACAGUCGAAUACAAAUCAUGUCUUUAAAAAAUGA